CUUUUAUUUUGGAAACGUGUUCGGCUUCACUGCGCUGCUUCGACUCGCGUGAGAGCUGCAGCAUGAAGCUCAGGGUGAGGAUCAACAGACAGACCCGCGGACUGCAGCUGGACGGACCAGAACCCACCCUGUCGGAGCUCAGUGCCCGGGUCAGAGACGCCCUGCUGCCUCAGUGCGGACUGGGAUCUGAUGUGGAGUUCAGUCUGUCUCUGGACGGGAAGGCGGUUCUGCUGGACACGGGACAGACGCUCUCCUCGUGUGGGGUUGUUUCUGGUGAUAUGAUCGCUGUGAUUUUGCCCCAGCAAACACAAACUGCCCCAGAAACCCCGAGCGGAGCAGAAGCUGCCCUGACAAACACACCCACAUCCAGCGAGGAGGCUGAAGCCGGCGGUGGCGGUGGAGCAGACCGCAGCAGUGUGAGGGAUUCUGGGAUGGAGGAGUGGAUGGAGGAUGAGGAGGGUGUGUCUCCGCCGCUGCUGUGCUGUGAGACGGAGGAUGGAGUGAUUCCUCACACGCUGGAGCGCCUGCUGGACUCGUCCAGCUGCAGAAACCCGUCCGACUGUCUGAUGCUGGCGCUGCAUCUGCUGCUGCUGGAGACCGGCUUCCUGCCACAGGGUUGUAAUGUGAACUCAGGCGAGAUGCCGAUUGGCUGGCGGGCGGCAGGGGGCGUGUUCAGACUUCAGUAUUCCCACCCACUUCUGGAGAGCAGCCUGGUGUCAGCGGUCGCCGUGACGAUGGGCCGAACGCUCGUCAUUAAUGCUGUUCUUAAGAUGGACAAGACUGUGGAGAACUCACGCAAGCUGGUGCUGAAACCAGACGAUUAUGUGACGGCUGAUUGGGCAGGUGGCUGCGCAGGCGUGGUCUACACAGACUUACGCAGACUGUCUCGCCUCUUUAAAGAUCAGCGGGUUGAUCCCUGCUGUUGCGUGUGUUGCGGCUGCUGGACGUCGUCUCUCUCGUCUCGCUGUCGGCCGUGUGCCGAGACCUGA